CGGUUUAUUUUGGGGCGGUUGGUUUUCCUCCUCCUCUGUCAGGACCGAGGGAGGGAGUUUGUCUCUGUUGUGAGAGCUAGCAUGUAGUCGCCUUCUUUUUUUCUUUUAGAUUUUUGCAAUAUGAAGAAUGGAAGAAGACGAUGUUUAUAUCAGAGAGCAGAAUUUCCACAGCCAAGUUCGAGAGUACAUCAUUUGCUUCCUCCUGUUUGCAGUCCUCUACAUUGUGUCCUACUGCAUCAUAACAAGAUACAAGAAGAAGAGCGACGACCAUGAAGAUGAAGAUGCUGUUGUCAAUAGAAUAUCAUUGUACUUGUGCACCUUCACCCUGGCAGUGUCGGGUGGUGCCGUCUUCCUACUGCCUUUCUCAAUCAUUAGUAACGAGAUCCUCCUCUCCUUCCCCAAAAACUAUUACAUUCAGUGGCUCAAUGGCUCCCUCAUUCACGGUUUGUGGAACCUGGUGUCACUGUUCUCCAACCUUUGCCUCUUUGUCCUGAUGCCCUUUGCCUAUUUCUUCUUGGAAUCUGAGGGAUUUGCAGGAUCAAAGAAGGGCAUUAAGGCACGUAUUUUGGAGACCUUUGUGAUGCUCUUUUUGCUGGCUCUGCUAAUCCUGGGCAUUGUGUGGGUGGCCUCAGCGCUCAUUGACAAUGAUGCAGCCAGCAUGGAGUCGCUCUAUGAUCUUUGGGAAUUUUACCUACCAUACCUCUACUCCUGCAUAUCUCUGAUGGGAGGACUGCUUUUACUCAUGUGUACUCCUGUGGGAUUGUCCAGGAUGUUCACUGUCAUGGGCCAGUUACUAGUGAAGCCAACAAUCCUGGAGGACCUGGAUGAGCAGAUUUACUGCAUCCAUUUGCAGGAGGAAGCCCUUCAGAGGAGAUUAAACGGAGCAUCUACUUACACUUACACUCGAGGAAGCUUUGCUCACCAGCUCAACAAAGAACUGGACAAUAUUAGGAAUCAGAGGAAUAAAUUAGAGAGAAGAAAGAAAGCAUCAGGUUGGGAGAAGAACUUGCUGUAUCCCAUAGUGAUGCUGAUCCUGCUCUCAGGAACGACAAUCUCUGUUCUUAUGGUGGCAUUUAAUAUCCUCUACCUUCUGGUGGAUGAGACUGCCAUGCCCAAGGGAUCCACAGAUCGAGGCAUUGGGAACACCUCUCUUUCCACAUUUGGCGUGGCUCAGGCGGCGCUAGAGAUCAUCCUCAUGUUCUACUUGAUGGUGUCCUCUGUCGUCGGCUUCUACAGCCUGCGAGUCUUUGAGAUCCUCACGCCCAGGAAGGAUGACACGACCAUGACAACGAUCAUUGGUUGCUGUGUGUCCAUCUUGGUCCUGAGUUCAGCCCUGCCGGUGAUGUCCAGAACUCUGGGUAUCACCAGGUUUGAUCUCUUGGGAGACUUUGGGAGAUUUAAUUGGCUGGGAAACUUUUACAUCGUCCUUUCAUACAACCUGCUGUUCGCCGUUGUGACAACACUCUGCCUUGUGAGGACGUUCACCUCAGCGAUAAGGGAGGAGCUUCUAAAGGCGCUUGGUCUGGAUAAAUUGCAACUGUCAAACAGCCCCACAGACCCUGAAUCCGGGAAGCUCUCGGCCAAUGGGCAUCAGAAAACUCUGUGAAAGGGACGAUAGAUCAGCACACACACACAUGCACGUCUCCACACACCUUAGCACAGCCAAAGGGAGAUUUCGACAGUACCGCCUGACUGCUGAAAGGUGAAAGGGAUUGGAAGGAACUUAAUAAACCCAGGCAGCGUCUGACGGAUGCUGCAAAUGGAGGGCCGAGAGCAAUUUAGCUUCGUGACAUUCCAUCCUCUGCGUCUGGGAUGGAGGCUGGGACAGAGCCAGGGAUGAAGCCUGGCAUCGCUGCAGUGACCUUGGUGUUGACCUCAAACAUGACUGUGACAUUAAACCACCCAUCUCUUGCUUCAGGGUGCGCUCUCCCACCCCCUCAGCUUUACUUCCUGUUUCUUUCCCGUCUCCACAGAACGAGACAGAAGCUGGUGAAAUGAUUCUCUUCCACGUCCUGCUCUCCUCUCCACGCAGCACAGACUAUUCCGUUAAGACUUGUUUUUAAACGUCCAGCUACAGUUCUGAUUGUGAACUGAGACAGGAAAGAUGAUUUGUUGAAGCUUAAAAAAUGUGGAAACAAAAAAUGCUUCAUGAAGCAUGAAAGUCAUUUAUUCACGUCUGCAAUACAACUCACUCGAUAUGCAUUAACGCCGUUGUUCCCGACCGGCCUCACACUUUAAACACUCGUGCUGUCGUCUUUCUUUUGAUUUGGCUUUACUCAAGUGCGCUUUAACUUAAUCGAUGAUGUCAUUCGAUUGUACGGAGUACGAUAAGAACUUUUUUUAGGUGCUCGAGAUUAGAGUAGAGCUACUCUCCAAAUGGGGAAACCACGAGGAAGUCAGGUCCACCUCAUGUCCACUUUUAGAAGCUGGGCUGCAGCUGGAGCUGACCCUGUGCUCCUAAACUUUAAUUAUGCACAUGGUGAGGAAAUGUCAUCACAUUUUUGCUUACCUCCCCCCCCCCCCCCCAAAAAAAAACCCCAUCUAUUUUAAAUUCCCAGGGCACUGAAGAACUGGUCAAAUGUGUGUCUUCUUGUAAAUGUUGUAUCUACAUGUAAAUAAUGUGUUUCAUACCUCUUUUGCAUUAUUUGGGUGUAAAUUAUGGGGACCCUCCUGGAGCCCUCUGAGGGUCUGACUCACUAAGCUAUCUGAAUUUUGUUGUACAUAUUUUUCGAAGUGGAAUGCAAACCUGGAAGUCUUCACAUGCAGAAUGAAUGAUUGACAAACUUUGUUAAGACUCAGUGACUCAGGCCCCGUGUGCGUGUUGUCGUGUUGCUGCAUCCUUCUUUGUCUCUAGAACCACCUUAAUGCCUUAUACGACAAGCGUCUCGCAGGCUCCAUGUUAGGGUCGUGUGUGUGUGUGUGUGUGUGUGUGUGUGUGUGUGUGUGUGUGUGUGUGUGUGUGUGUGUGUGUGUGUGUGUGUGUGUGUGUGUGUGUGUGUGUUUCCACUGUGAUCUCCCGUACACUACAAGUUCUCGUCUAAAGCCAGCUGGUCAAACAUACACAAUGAAUGUUGUCACAGUAUCUCUUACCUGGUGAGAGGAUCCGUUAUGAGACGCGUUCAUUUGCCUGAGUUAGCUAAUGCUAAUGCUGUUAAUUGUAUGGUGUAAUUGGUGUCGUGUGUUUUAAUGGGGGCUAAAGUGACGGGAACGAAAAAGGAAGUAAGGAAACUGAUGACAUUUUUAUUUGCAUUUUGAAUUUCUUAGGACAGGGACAGUUUUACUACAAAGCGUUCUGCCGUUGACUGGACUUUGUAAACAACGUGCUGCUCUCAAUCACACGUCUUUUUUUUGAAGACGUUUUCUCAGAUACCGUAAAAAUGUAAUUCCCCACUGUCUCUAAAAUAAAUGCAUAAAAGACCCAAAAAUAAACCUUUAAAAAUAUAUACAUAAAAGCACUGGUUGUGUUUGGAAAUAAUUAAAAACACGUCUCAUAUUGACGUCCCAAACAAAGGUAACGUUAUUUCAUAGACUGAAGUAAAAAAAAAAAGCCUGUGCUGUUAAUUGAAUUUUUACGGUAAACAAAUCAGAGCAGGGACUGUCUCGUAAUCAAACCGGUAACCAUCCCUAAAACACAGGACGACCGUGCUUCUAUUUUUGAAAGAUGUCAUUUCAAAGGAGAUUUUUUUUUUCACAUUAACUGGAUUUUCUUCUCUGUCAUGUUCAAUUCCAUUUGUUUUUGUUCGUUUCCUGUUUCUGCAGCUAUUUUAGUGACAUUUAAGACUGUGAAAUCUAAAGAUAGCCUCAAAGUGAUAUGGACGACCAAAAGAGGAACUUUUUAAAUUGGCUAAACUGUUGAAAGUAUCAUUUUUAGACUUUUAUCUUAAUGAGCUUAAUUAACCCCAAACAGCUUUGGUGGAUUUUUCUACCAGCUCCUUCGUACUUAGCAGGAAAAUCACACCGCUGAUAAAACUUCACAACCACACUCCCCGCAGCAGGUCCCCAGCGGCCCGUGUGGUUGUCUCCUCAGUCCGUCUCUGUGUUGGGGGGACGUUGAGAGUUGGCCUGUGCUGUAAGUGAAGCAGCUUUUUUGUCUGUCUGUCGGUCUCUGCAUGUCAUUUUUUGGUACAUGUUUUGUGAAUGUAUUUUAUUUUUUACGAUUUCUCAGUUUGCUAAAUGUACGUUUCAUUAUUUCUGAUGUUUUGUGUGUUCGCAAAUAAAAGUAGAGAAAC